CGACUGGCGAACAAAGAGAAUUCAAGACCUCAAGGUGCAACGAACUCAAAGCUCAAACAAGGGAGAAAUAGUGGACAGUGGCACUCUCCGAAAUAGCCGACUGGCUAAGAAUCGAACACUCUCCGACAUAGCCGACUGGAAGAGAAUUCAAGACCUCAAGGUGCAACGAACUCAAAGCUCGAACAAGGGACACAGAAUCGAAGCCGUUGCCGACUGGCCAAGAAUCGAAGCCGUUGCUGAGUUUAGAGUGGCACUCUACCACAUAGCCGAAUGGCCAAGAAUCGAAGCCGUUGCUGAGUUUAGACUUUGGCCAAGAAUCGAAGCCGUUGCUGAGUUUAGACUACGUACCGGACAGAUUGCAUCAAAACACCUUCACAGAUUGGGAGUCUACACUCAACCCACAUAA